CACAGUGUCCACUUGUACUUUUAGGCCUCCUCCAUCACGAUCUUCUCAAGUGCUAAUCAUCCUCCAAUUCCCUCCCUCUUCUUCCUCUUCUUCUUCUUCUUCUUCUUCUUCAAUUCGUAGAUCCUUAUUCUCUCCUCCAUUUUCGAUGGAAACAUUCUUUUAGCACGUUUAGUUCCAUCUGGCAAUCUAAUACAUACAAGACCAUCUUUCACUGCCCACCCUUUAUAUAUAGCUCGCCAAGACCUUUCCAUCACCAACCCCACUACCUCUUUUAUUCUCACUCUCUCUUUGGACUUCUGCAAAAUCGAGCCAUGGCUUCAUUGAACUCGCUUCUAUCUUCUGUGUUCCUAGUUUUAGCCAUAUUUGCUUCCCUCGCGUCACCGUCUUUCUCGACAUCAAGACGAGCCCUUGGCAGCAAGGAAGCUAAGCAAAUUGGAUUUAGGGUGACCCUAAAGCAUGUAGAUCAUGGGAAGAACUUCACCAAGUUCGAACGUCUACAGCGUGCGAUGAAGCGCGGAAAGAGUCGCUUGCAGAGGCUAAAUGCCAUGGUCCUGGCGGCUGGGGAUAGCACCGAACUGGCGUCUCCGAUCCAUGCGGGGAAUGGAGAAUUCCUCAUGCAAUUGUCAAUUGGCACGCCCGCGGAUAGCUUCUCGGCGAUCGUCGACACAGGGAGCGACCUUAUAUGGACUCAGUGCAAGCCGUGCACGCAGUGUUUCGAUCAGUCAACGCCGAUUUUCGACCCGAAGAAGUCCUCCACUUUCUCCAAGCUCGGGUGCUCCAGCCAACUUUGUGAGGCCCUACCAACUUCGUCCUGCGGAACCGACGGGUGCGAGUACUUAUACACCUAUGGCGAUUACUCUUCAACACAAGGUAUCCUGGCCUACGAUACCUUCACGUUCGCGGAUUCGGUUUCUGUCCCCAAAGUUGGGUUCGGGUGCGGCGAGGACAACGAGGGAAGCGGGUUCGACCAGGGGGCGGGCCUAGUUGGCCUCGGGCGUGGCCCCUUGUCCUUGGUCUCGCAACUUGGUGUGCCCAAAUUCUCCUACUGCUUGACAUCAAUUGAUGACACUGCAACAAGCAAGCUCUUGUUGGGAAGUCAAGCAACAAGCGGGAACCUCUCGACAAAGGCAAUGAAAACCACCCCAUUAAUCAAGAACCCUUUACAACCUUCCUUUUACUAUCUUUCUCUUGAAGGCAUCUCCGUGGGUGACACUCUCUUGCCCAUCAAGAAAUCCACUUUUGCCUUGCAAAGUGAUGGGAGCGGCGGCGUAAUCAUAGACUCCGGCACAACCAUCACAUACAUUGAGGAGAGUGCUUUUGAUCUGGUUAAAAAGGAGUUCAAGUCCCAAACCAAGCUCACCGUCGAUGACUCGGGCUCGGCGGGGCUCGACCUUUGCUUCAAGCUGCCCUCGGACUCGAGCCAGGUCGAGGUGCCCAAGCUGAUCUUCCAUUUCGAAGGCGCGGAUUUGGAUCUGCCGGGGGAGAACUACAUGAUCGCGGAUUCGACCGUGGGAUUGGUUUGCUUGGCCAUGGGGAGUUCAAGUGGCAUGUCCAUCUUUGGGAACGUCCAGCAACAGGACACGAUGGUGAUCCAUGACCUCGCGAAGGAAACUUUGUCUUUCCUUCCCACAAAAUGCGACAAAUUGUGAGUUGAGAUGUGCGUGAUCAAUACUUGCACUAUACUUAUGUUUGUUUGUGCUGCUUUGAUUACAUUUGGAGGUAUUACAUUUUAUGAGUGCUAAUCAAUUGAUCAGUCAAUAAAAGAUCAUUUUCUCACAAAUGUUGUCAAUGGUAUAUUAUACGAUAUUGUGUGGUGCCUAUGAUUCGAUAUUGGUAUGGACUAUGAUUAUGAGCGUGGUUGGUAAUU